UUUUAAUUAUAAUUUUCUUACUGAACCGUGUCUAUAUCACGUGAGCCGCACCUUCGUUCUACCCUGCUGUUCCCAAUACUGAGUGAAGACAUCGAAAUCAACAACAAUGCCGCUAAAACGCCAUAUCAACAUUGUGGUCAUUGGCCACGUGGAUUCAGGGAAGUCCACAACCACGGGGCACUUGAUUUACAAAUGUGGCGGUAUUGAAAAACGAACCAUUGAGAAAUUUGAGAAGGAGGCGGCUGAGAUGGGAAAGGGAUCUUUCAAAUAUGCCUGGGUUCUGGACAAACUGAAGGCAGAACGUGAACGUGGAAUCACCAUUGACAUUGCUCUGUGGAAGUUUGAGACACCGAAAUAUAUUAUAACGGUCAUUGAUGCUCCUGGCCACCGGGAUUUCAUCAAAAAUAUGAUCACAGGAACAUCCCAGGCGGACUGUGCCGUUCUCAUUAUCGCUGCUGGGACAGGAGAAUUUGAGGCGGGUAUCUCCAAGAAUGGGCAGACUCGUGAGCACGCUCUACUGGCUUACACUCUCGGGGUCAAACAGUUGAUCGUAGCUGUCAACAAGAUGGACUCUACAGAGCCGCCAUACUCUGAGGCGCGCUUUACCGAAAUUAAACAAGAAGUAAGCGCAUAUAUCAAGAAAAUCGGUUACCAGCCCAAAUCGGUGGUGUUUGUGCCAAUCUCUGGAUGGCAUGGGGAUAACAUGAUCGGGGAGAGUAAUAACAUGUCGUGGUUUAAAGGAUGGGCCAUUGAAAGAAAAGAUGGAAACGCAAAUGGCAAGACCCUUUUACAAGCUAUUGAUUCGAUACUUCCACCUGAACGCCCAACGGAUAAGCCCCUACGUUUGCCUCUUCAGGAUGUUUAUAAGAUUGGAGGUAUUGGAACUGUUCCGGUGGGAAGAGUAGAGACUGGAGUAAUCAAACCAGGAAUGGUGGUCACAUUUGCUCCACAAAAUCUGACAACGGAAGUUAAAUCUGUGGAAAUGCACCACGAGUCAUUGAGUGAAGCAUCACCAGGAGACAACGUUGGAUUUAACGUAAAGAAUGUCUCUAUCAAGGAGAUCAAACGUGGAAACGUAGCCGGGGACAGCAAGCAUGACCCGCCAAAGGGAGCGGAAAGUUUCUCCGCUCAGGUGAUCAUCAUAAAUCACCCCGGGGAGAUCCACGCUGGCUACAGUCCCGUUCUUGAUUGUCACACUGCACAUAUUGCCUGCAAAUUUGCCGAAUUAAACUUGAAAGUUGAUCGUCGAUCUGGUAAAGUUUUAGAAAAAAAUCCCAAAUGUGUAAAAUCCGGCGACGCCUGCAUUGCUGAGCUGGUUCCGUCAAAGCCGAUGUGCGUAGAGUGUUUCAAAGAUUACGCUCCUCUUGGCCGCUUUGCCGUCCGUGAUAUGAAGCAAACUGUUGCUGUGGGGGUCAUCCAAUCGGUAAAAAAGAAGGAGGUCUCGGGUAAAACGACCAAAGCUGCUGUUAAAGCAGGAGGCAAGAAAUAAACCAGUCCUCAACACUGGUAGUGGUCAUCUGUUUCAGAAAAUUUGUUGACUAAACAAUUAAACGCGCCCACGGAUUAUUUUUCAAGGACUUCAAGGAAGUAGGUACAUGGUAUGAUGCAUUUCUUCUAUCCGGUAAAUUCCUUACAGAAUCGCUGCAAAGAUACGACACUAUCACGGCAAAAUGGAACGAUGGUCACAAAAAUUCAAAUGAGUGAUCUUUGCAUCACCAUUUACUUUGUUGCAAGAACUUACUUAAUUUUCUGAAUUGUAGACGUUUUAAAAUAACAUGAAAUAUUUCAAAUACUGUACGUGAAUAAUUGAAAAUAAGGAUAAAAAAAGCACUAUUAUAUUUCGUGGUAAAAGACAGUUUCUAGUUUUGAUGAGAUGCUGAACCUGUAAUAAUUUUAAUUUGGCAGCAUUUUUUUUCACAGAAAUAUUGAAAUUUGAAGGAUUUAUUUGUUAUUAAUAAAGAUAUACAUACUUUGGAUACUGAUGAGAGAUAAUUAAAAUUAAAAAAAAAACAUGACCCUGCUCUGGAAAUAAAAAAGUAAUACAACA